GGUACGCUGGAGUGGCCGACACAGGGAUUAACAGGAGCGAGUGAUAGAAAGGCAGCAUUACAAGGACCAUGAUACCUGUAGAGCACUUAUGAACGGAGCCUUGCUUACAAAUGACUGCUGCACAGUUUUUUUGUUUGUUUCUGCUCCCCCCAUGCUGUUUCUCAGAAUAAAAGGACUUGUGAAAGGCAGCAGCAGAGCACCAGCUCAGCAAAGGACUUGCAGAAGCGGCACAAUGCCACUUCUAGGAGGUGAGGAAUAAUUCUGAGAAUUGGUCCGUGUCUUCUUCAUCUUCAGUAGUUUCUCUCACCAGCGCUGCUCUCAUAUGCCUAGUCGAGGCUUAUCUUUCUGUGUGCCCUCCUCCAGUGACUGUCAUCAUUGUGACAUGCUGCUUCGAAAACUCUCUGUCAGCCAUCAAAUGGUUCACUCUGGCUCCUAGCUGUGGAUGAGGCAGGGACAUGCUGGUGGAGAUGGAGCGAUGAGUGAAACUCUGUUGUUGAUUUUGAUCACUAUUCUGGUGACAGUGGAUGUAAGCCCAGGGCAACUGGAUGUAUUCCUGCCAGAGGGAGAUGGAGAUAUUUAUUCAUGGGGAACAGUCCGAUUGACCUUGACAGAGAAAGGAUUGGUUGGCUUCUCAACACAGUGGCUCAGUGGCUUCUUUUUGUUCAAUAGUGUUCCUGAAGAGAGAGCUUUGGAUGGGAAGGAAAACUGGUUAAAGUCUGUAACAUUUAGCAGUGUCUAAAGGGGAACCUCAGGAGCUGGUUUAUUGAUCGUCGAGAACUGGCACCAUGGCGGACUCUCACCUUUCUGGCUCUGUAGGAAGCUACAACAGCAGCUUUCCCACGACCAGUGCUUGGAACAUCAACGGCAGUGGCCCGUGGUUGUUGGCCUUUAUGCUGACUGUCAUCAUCCUCAUGACAGUCUGUGGCAACAUGUUGCUUAUUGCGUUGGUGUUUGCCCACCGCUCUUUGCGUUGCACCUCAAACUGUUUCUUGGUGUCUUUGUUCCUGUCUGACCUAAUGGUGGCAUUAGUGGUAAUGCCCCCCGCCAUGCUCAACGUGCUGUGUGGGGCCUGGGUGCUGUGGCCUGCCUUUUGCCCAAUUUGGCUUUGCUUUGACGUCAUGUGCUGCAGCGCAUCCAUCCUCAACCUCUGUGUGAUCAGCCUGGACCGUUACCUCUUCAUUAUCUCACCGCUGCGCUACAAGCAAAGGAUGACCCCACCUCGGGCGUUACUCCUUGUGGGAGCUGCUUGGGGGUUGGCAGCACUGGCCUCCUUUCUGCCCAUUGAGAUGAAAUGGCACAGCUUAGGCCUCGGGAGUGGACACUCAUCCGUUCCUGGGGUCAGCAGUAGCAACAUCAGUUCCUACUCUGACACGCUGUACCCAGCAUCCUACUUUCAGCUGUCACCAUCAGGAGGCCUUUCCUUCCAGUGCCGUCUGCGGGUCACCUUGCCCUUUGCUCUUGUGGCAUCUGUACUCACCUUCUUUUUGCCCUCCAGUGCCAUUUGCUUCACCUACUGCCGGAUCCUUCUGGCGGCGCGAAGGCAGGCGAAGAGGGUUGCAGCACUAAGCCACCCACCAAAUCCACAUCCCUCUCUAGGAGAACCUUCCCGGCCCCCAUCACCUGGUAUUGCAGCAGCGCAAGCUCAGCAGGACGGAGACGACUGCAGGUACCAGGAGCCUCCUGUGUCACAAAAUGUACCGCCGUCAGUUAACAGUGAGCGCCGUCUGGCUCACAGGCAGGGUCGGAGGGCACUGAAGGCUAGUCUGACACUGGGAGUUCUCCUGGGACUCUUCUUCAGUGCUUGGCUACCCUUUUUCAUCACCAACAUGGCUCAGGCAGUGUGCGAGUGUGUCCCCCUUGCCCUCUUCGACGCCAUCACCUGGCUGGGCUACUGCAACAGUACAAUGAACCCAAUCAUCUACCCACUGUUUAUGAGAGACUUCAAACGAGCUUUGGGGAAGCUCUUGCCCUGCUGUUCUUCGCAGUCGCCCAGAAGACCCUCACCAGCGCUUUCCCUCUCUCUGCGCAACUCAGGAGAGCCUAACAUUGCCAGUAACCCCCCUUCUCCUCUGGCCUCUGAUCCCACACACCCCCCUGCCACCGCCACUGAUGCUGUCAACCUGCUUGAUGCUGAGCAUGCAGGGAUUGAGCUGCCUCUGCUUCUGCCCAAUCAGGUCGACACCCUGGAUUGAACAGCAAUUACAAAAGUCAGCUAAGGU